CCCACGCCGACUUCAGAUUGACUCUGUCACCAGCACAUAUCCCGUCUUCAAUUCUCGUGAUACCCCGUCUUACAUCUGUGUCUCUUAAUUGCCUCAUAACAUACCAAUCAUGUCUGCCAUCAAGUCUAUCCGCUCCCUCGCGCCCCUCCUCGACCGCGUCCUCGUGCAGCGCCUUAAGCCGGAGGCCAAGACCGCAACCGGUAUCUUCCUGCCGGAGACGGCCGUCAAGGAGCUGAACGAGGCGAAGGUAUUGGCUGUCGGACCUGGUGCGUUCGAUCGGGAUGGAAAGAGGAUUGUGCCAAGUGUACAGCCCGGUGACAAGGUCUUGAUUCCUCAGUUCGGUGGCAGCCCCAUCAAGGUUGGCGAGGACGAGUACUCGCUUUUCCGCGAUCACGAGCUCCUGGCCAAGAUUAACGAGUAGACAAUUGUCGCAUCCGCCAUACUCGACACGAAUGUACCUCUAUUGUACCACCACUGCUUAUUACGCCUAAAAGAUUUCACGACAUGCUAGCAUCACCGCUGGCGUUAAUUGGUAUAUACUCUGCUCUGUUAUGUUAUAAGUGAACCUGUUGGGUCAUCUUCAACGUCUGUGUUGAAAACUGGAGAUUCGGGGGACAAUGAGUUAAAAGACAAAAUAAAAAUUCUACCAAAAUGACCAUGACUACAUUUAGUUUGCUUCUUUUAAUUGCGUCAAGACAUGGUAGACCACAAUGCAGGCAAGAGCUUGUAACGAUUUCGCUAUGAACAGGUUAAGAAGCUUGGAACGGUCCGAAAAGGUAAUGUCUGAGCAUUCAGAAUAAAUACCAUGGCGGCUAGGAAACAUUUUACGCAUUACAGCAAAUACAUUAAG